UCCAAUGAGCGGUCAGCGGUGGGGUCCACGCGCGGGCUAGCAGCGCGCUGCUGUGACGGUCACUCAGUUGUGCAGCGUGCAGCACCCUUAUCAAUACGGAAACCUGGACUGCUUUCUUGGGAAGGCCUCUCCAGCAGAGGGCACAGUGAAACUUGAUGCAGCCCCUGCCCGACCAGCCGGUCGUCGCACUGUAUCUGCCGUGCGAGUAACACCGUUGAGAACUAUGAAGACUUCCCCUGACCUAAUGCCAACUGAACUGGACCCUACCCGUGUUUGCAAGGGAAAGGGUGCUGUUACGUUGAGAGCGACGCUUGUGCACAUUGACGAUGAGGAGAGCUCAAGCAAAGAGCCGCCUGAGAGCUCUGCCAAAAGGGGUUGUCUUGGUGCGGUCAAUGGAGAAACAGAAACACGUCUGGCUGAUAAAGUUGUAAAGAACACCACAGCUGAUUUCAAUUCAACACAAGCCAAUGAGACACCAACAAAGGUGGACUCACCUGUAGAUGAGAGUAAGUGUCACCUCACGUCCUGCCGUGAUCCACAGAGUGCUAUUAGCUUAUCAGCCAAAGUGUCCUCUUCUUACCCCCCCACCAGCAGUGUGAACCCUACAAUCGUCUUGCUGCAGCAUAGCAGAGAAGUUGUUGCAGAUAAGGACAGUGGCGCUAACCAGAGCUCUGCCAUCAGCCAGAUAACUCCGGCUGAGACUCUAGUAGACAUGGAUGGCAAGAUCAUUAGACUGUCUGCUCCAGCAGCACCCAGAGUCCCAGUGCGGAACACAGAGUUAUCAAAGGACUGGUACAGAGACAUGUUCAAACAGAUCCACAAAGUUCCAGAAACUGUCGAAGAAAAUCCAUAUCGUCCCACCUACAUAUUUCCCGAGAGCAAUGACAGGCCACUCAGAACCAGAGAUGACAGCCCAGCAUAUGCAGCAGAGGAUGUGCGGACGGUUCCUCGCUCAAAGAGUGCAGCAGACAUGAGAAGCUCAAAAGGACAGAUGCCCGUGCCAACACGCACAUCUUCCCUAAAACCUCACAGGAACGAGUGGGAGCCCCCUGACAAGAAAGUAGACACCAGGAAGUACCGCGCCGAGCCCAGGAGCAUAUUUGAGUACGAGCCAGGAAAGUCUUCUGUACUGAAGCUGGAGAGACCGCCUCAGGAUGUAAUUCCGGAAGAUGUAGAUUUAGAGAAUGAGCCAUGGUAUAGGUUCUUUUCUGAGAUGGAGUUUGGCAAACCGAGUGCCCCCUCUUUCAGCCCUUUGGAAACAUCCUCCGACCUACAGCAAUACUCAGUCUGCAAAACAGGCAACGGGGACGCGGAUAAGAGGGACGGCUUGUCUGCCGGUGGGCAGGCAGUUCCAGAAUGUGAACGACACAUUUACAAGAGUGUCCUGGAGGGCGGCGACAUCCCACUGCAGGGCUUGAGAGCGCUUAACAAGCGCCACCCCAGCACUUCAUCAAAAGUGGAUUAUAAAGGUGGGAAUGGCUAUAUGAUUUCACCCAGCUCAUCUGUAAAUAGUCACUCAGUUAUUGCCAGUAAUGUACUAGCUUCUCAAUAUAAGACUAAAAAGUCCUUGUCCGCCGCCAAAGCCUGCAUUCCUCAAAUCCUUCCUUCUAAGUUUAAGCCCAAGCUAUCGUCCUCUACUGAUGAGAGACGGACUGAGCCGACACAGCGCCCCAAAGCACACAGCUGUGAGGAUCUACACGAAGAGGCCUGCGGCUCACGGAACGGAGAUAAGACAGACAAUGAUCACAGGUUGAACUCGCCUUCCAAGGGUAACUGUUCACCUGAGAGCAGGAACCUUCAUAAAAAUGGGCCUGUUUUGGGGUCUGUGAGAAGUACGGCCGAGUUCUCCGCCCUCUAUCGGAACAUGCAUAACAUUCAGAGGCCAAGCUCCCUGGGCUCCAGCUCCCACGGUAGCGUCCGCGGCCUGGCUUCCUAUUUCGAGAAGCCUGGAGAUGACGCCACCACGGAGAGGAUGGGGAUCAUCCCACGGGCUGCUGUCACGUACCGGGUAAUGGAGUUCGAGCGCAUCAUUCAGCGUUCCAGCUCCGCCCCCACCCGCUCUGCAUCGAUGCCCAUACUGCCUAGCAACCCAAGCCCCUCCCAUAGCCCCCCACCCACUUGCUUCCUCCAAUCAGCUGUCUCAGCUGAGACUUUGGUCAUGCCGGGGCCUGCACAUGCUGACGACUGCCCAGCUAUGGCUGCAGAGAACCACGAGGAACUUUCUGUUUCACCUGAGCGCACAGUCAAAAAUGAGGAGAACCACAUUUCGAGAACUGACUCUGUUUUGGAAAAUGAGAGAAAACUGGAAGAGAGAACCAGAGAUGCUGCCAAAGAAAACUCCCCCAGUGAUACCUCAGAACCCACAGGUCACCAUCAUCACCACGAUCACUUCCCCCACCACCUUAAACAAAGCAAGUGUAAAGGCACCUGCCCCGCCUCCUACACCCGUUUCACCACCAUCCUCAGGCAUGAGCGCCAACAAGCCACCACCCAGCCUGAGAAAAGAUAUUCUCCUCCGAAAAACUUACUUCUGAUGGGUCCGGCCCCCUUCUCCUUGCGAAGAUCGCUACACAGUCAACAGGCCAAAAAGACUCUCUCCGCUAUGAAACCCAUGGCUGGAGACCUGACGGAGAACCGUCUCUUUUCUCCCAAACCGAGACCUGUCAUUCCUCAACGCCUGUCCUCUUUGGAGGUACUGGAAAGGCUUAGUAAUGGAGAAGUCUCUCCCUGUGAAGGGUGCAACUCAGAUGACCUCACGGAUGUGGAAUGCUCAGAAGCCAGUAAAGAUCACGCUGAAGAUUCCGAUUCCUCACACCCGUUCAGCCACGGAGAUCACGGAGAGAACUCAGACGAGGUCGUCCGGAAACGCUAUGGAGAUAAAGAGAAAAUGUUGGAAGAGCAGAGACGGCUGAAGCGAGAGCAGGAAGAAGCAGACGCAGCUUCUCGGAGACACGCUGGGCUCGUCGUGACUAAUCAGCAGUUCAUUACUAAUGAUCGCUUCGGUGACCUACUGGUUAUUAAUGAGAAAGAAAAGCGGAAAGUCAUAGAGAGGACUCCUGCUCUGGCACGAUUUGACUUCAGAGCAGAAACUUUAAAGGAACUACCAUUUCAAAAGGGAGAUAUUGUAUACAUCUACCGGCAGGUCGACCAGAACUGGUUUGAAGGAGAGCAUCAUGGGAGAGUUGGAAUUUUUCCACGCAGUUACGUUGAUAUCGUGCCCCCAACAGAGAAAGUUCAGCCCAAAAAGUCCGCUGCGGUCCAGGUGCUGGAAUAUGGAGAGGCUAUCGCCCGUUUUAAUUUCAAUGGUGACACAGCUGUUGAAAUGUCUUUCAGAAAGGGGGAGCGUAUUACACUGAUUCGUAGAGUGGAUGAGAACUGGUAUGAAGGCAAAAUUUCUGGCACUAACCGGCAGGGCAUCUUCCCAGUCACCUACAUAGAGGUGCACAAGAGACCCCGAGUGAAGAAUGGAGUGGAUUACCCUGAUCCUCCCAUCAGCCACUCGCCUCAUAGAAGCACUAAUGCCUCUCCACAGCCCAUUCGUAAUCGGCUCACCACCUCCCCCCUCCCUCUCCCUCGCUCCCCUCGUCGCUCUAUCUCACCUGAGGUCCAUGCCAUCUCCAACGAGUGGAUUUCUCUCACUGUGGGAGGAGUCAGAAGCAGUCCCCCCGCUGCACCCACUCCGCCCCUUCCACCUCUGCCGAGCACCUCAUACCGCUUCGGCGAAUACCUGCCCCCCUCCCUGUCAGCCAGCCCCGUGCCACCUAUCAGCAGCAGCCCUUACUAUGUCUCCCCAAUGGCUUCUCCAUCCUCCUCUCCUUUACCCCCACCCUAUCCACCCCGCCCCAGUUCGGCCACCCCGUUCCUCACCUUUACUCCACCUCAAGGGGAGGACUUCCUUCUUUCCCCGCCCUCUCCCCGUCUCUCUCGCAGCCUGAGUCCAUGUGGGGGCGCUGGGCUUGAGGGUUGGCUUACUGGGGGUAACAGGUUGGAUCGAGAGUUACAGGAGAGAAAUGGGGCAGAAAUAGACAGGGCUGGCAGCCUCCGCAAGGCUCCUUACAGCAGAGGCAAUAGCCCAGCAGAGCCAAUAAAGAAUGAUGUAGAAUACUAUGGGAGAUCUUCAAGAAGUCCUGUCAUGCUGUUUGACAUUCAAGACAACAACAUGAACGCCAAUUCAUUCACGGAGGCUGUGUGUAAUGAGAUCAUGAAUAUUGCAGAGACCUCAGUGAGGUACUGCAGCACUUUGUCACGCCCUAUAGACUCCGCCCACCGACUACUGUCUCCUCCCAGUAAACGCUCUCUCAUCAUUUCCCAGCAACCCCUGUCCCAGAGCAGCAGCCCUGAGCCUGGACGCAUGAGCUGUGGAAUAUUUCAGGCUCUGUACAAUUAUGUGCCUCAGAAUGAUGAUGAGCUGGAGCUACAGGACGGAGAUCUGGUCAACGUCAUGGAGAAAUGUGAUGAUGGCUGGUUUGUGGGUACAUCAAAGAGGACAAAACAGUUUGGCACUUUCCCAGGAAAUUAUGUUAAAGCUGUUCAUUUGUGAUGCAACAUCAUUGAAGAAAUUCUGGUGUGUAUGAAGAGAUUCUAGCGCUGUGCUUAAUACGAUGACCUGUUUGGGACACUCAACAAUGUAUUGACAUCAAAUGGAGAUAUCUCAUCCCUACAAAAAUUUGCCCAUGUGAAUGUCUAGGUAUGUGAUAAGGUUUGUGGCAUGUUAGCGAGAAACACAGUUCAACAGUGGAAUAUUUUGGAACCACUGAAUGAUGAAGGCCUUUAACCGGCUAGUACAUGUUUUGCUUUUUGGAAUGCUCAGAUUCAGAUAAAAGCCAUUAAUGUAACAUUUGCCGUGAAUAAUGAGUGCGAGUACGUUUACAGCUGCAAACUGUUCUGAAGUACAAUGCAAAAUGCUUCAUCACAUACCUGACAUUACUGAAAAGCGUAUUAAAGUAUAACGUUUAUUUUUGCUACAAAUGUGGACUUUCAGUGUGAGCGUUAGGCUUGACGGUGUAUUGAAGGCAUCUGGUGUUUAGGAAUUACAGAGUUGAUCAUGGGUCAGAAAACUGUUGAAAGAAGUUUAACAUGAUGUUAAAAAAGUGUUUAUAUUGAAUUGUACACUCCCAUUGCUUUUAAAAAGAAAUGCUGAUUCAUGAAACGCUCUUUUAAAGAGUGGGAUUUAAAUUUACAGUAUAUUCUGUGUUGGGCUUGAAAUGCUCUCAAAGCAUUGGAAGAGACUAUUAUUGCAUUCUACAAUGUGUUUGCCAAUGCAAGCAAAGCUAUUUGUAGAAAUCGAAAGGAUUUAAGCUUUUUGUCAGUGUUAGUCAUGUUAAGGAGGAUAUUGGCCUUUUAGCUUGGAUGAUGUUAGACAGCUAUUAACAUGAUUGACUUAAACCAACAGAGAGUUGUGAUGCAGCAUGUUUAUAUCUUCACAGCACUUACUGCAAUAUACAAUUUAGUGACCAACUCUAACAAAUCUCCAGAUCUAAAUAAAAGUGUUGGUAACCAAAUAUUAUUAGGUUUAUGUAACAUAGUGAUAUGAAGGGCUAAAACUAAACCCAAUAGAACAGAACAGAGCAGAGCAUCUUUGCCUCAAAACAUACUAUUUAUUUGCUCGAGUGGUGUAUAUUUUUCUGUUUCAAUCAUUCAUUUUUGAUUUGGUUGUUCUGACGAGUGUAUUAUGAUAUAAGAUGUUUUACAGUAUCCUAAUCCUAAUCCAGGUACCCGCUGACAUUUACAUAGUGUUAUGGCUGGCAACAUGUGACAUUUGUUUGUGUGUUGGGAUUGGACGAUCCAUAUGAGAUUGCCGUACCUCAUUUUCAAAGUGCCAUUUACAGUAGAGGAUGCUAAAUCUGGACCGUCGAGUUUUAUUCCGUUGAUUUGUCUUCCUUACCCGAGUGUAGUUCACAUCUACUCUGGUUGUAGAUUUGCUUUUGCUUCCAUUUAAGAAGACUCUUAGUCUAUCCUGAAAAUUACAUUUAUGUUUUUUUUAAUAUCCCCUAUAGUUUUAUACGGUCCAUUCCAUGUAAAGCCAGAGAUUGUGCUGCUAGAGCGGAUGAGGGUUAUCUGCCCUCAGCUAAACGUGUAUUUCACAUUUGCAUAAGACUUCCGUCCAUUUCUAAAAGAGACAUUGGAAAAUCUCAUAAGGGCAGAAACGCAUCAUUAAAAGCAUCUAGAGUAUAUUUUUGUCCUUUUUUAAAUCAGUGGUUGUUGCUCAAACUUUUGUUAAGAAGUAAUCAAGAAAUAGUUAUGAUCUCUAUUGAAUAUAAACUUGAAAAUAUGCGUUUUGGCCCCUAGAACUGUUACAGCGUAUAGCGUAGCAUACAUGAAUGUAGUGUCCUGAGAAACCUGUAACAUGAACAAAGUUGGAAUUCAAAGAUUUCCUAUUCUAUCAGAGUUGUAAAUAUGUAAAGUAUAAAUGAAUGAAAGUGACUGAAGUUACAGCAAUCUCUAUAAAUAUUACAGUUUAUAUUAUAUGAAGAAUAUUGGGAAAGCACAGAGAUUUGCUUAACACAGGCAAUCUCAUGACUGAAUGAGUGAUUCUUACACUGUGUUGGGAUAUAAAUGCCUUUUUCAGGUUUCAUGGCUUCAUAGAACUGUGCCUGGUUGUAUUUUGAUUUAUUGUUAUUUGUUGCCUAGAAGUAAACACAUGUUUACAUAAAUGUGUGACAGGAGACAAUUACCAAGUUCUUUACCACAAUCACCAGAGUUAUUCAAGAGUGUGACAUGACACCUCAGAAGCGUAAUGUAUAAUUAUUAUUUUAUGAUCUGUAUGCAGAAAUCAGUUUUGCAUUUUGUUUGUUUGUUUUUGUUCAUUUGCAGUGCCGUUACAAUUACAGUGAAUUUAAACACUAUUUACUGCUGUGAUUUCCUCAUUAUGCAAUAUUUAAUAAACAAUAUUACAGC